UUGCACGCACAGUUUAUUUUUUUGCGUAUUCUUGCCACAUAACCAAGGAAAAAAUGCGUCGCUCACAAGAAUAUCAAACUAUUAAAGAAAAUAGCACUUGUAUUAAUGUGGAUGUGGGCAGUGAAAGUUAUUCUUCGGAAAGUGAUUCUGGCAGUGCAGAUGAUUCCUACACAGAUGGCAGUGAUAUGGCUAAUUGGGAAGAGUUUGUAUCCGAAGAUGGCUCUUUGUUCUAUGUGGAGUAUAUGCCCAAAGAUUUGAGUAAAUUGCAAACAGAGGGUAAAGUGGAAUUUAUGAGAAACUCUUUAAGAAUGGCUAAAAAAUCGUCCAGGAGACAACAAUCGGGUCUUAAGGCUACAGAAACAACUGAUGAUAAAAAUAAAAACCUUUUUAUGUUUGCCAAUAUUGCCACAACUGAGGAGGCAAGCAAAUGCUUGGAGUUGGUUAUAACUGCAGCAGACCGUUUUCGUUUUGGUCGAAGAUCAACGGCUGUUGAGUCCAUUUUGGGUUUUCAUGUUGUGCCCUUUGCCGAUCAACCUGAGUGCUUAAUGGUGGAUAGUUUUGUACACGAUAUGCCCGCUUUAUUCCAACAAGGUAAUCUUAAGCCAGUUUCGAGGGGUGACUGGUUUAAAACUUUGGAUGACAUAGAGAUCAGAGCCAGUAACAUUGAUGACUUGCUGUUGCAAUUUGUGGAACCUACUAAGGUUUGUUUGAAAUUUCAAGGACCUCUUAAAAACGAGCAAGAUGCUGAUAAUAACAAUGGUGGUGCCGAGUCCUCCAAUGAGGUAAAGAAAAUAGAAAAUUUUAAGAAAUUUUCGGAAAUGUUUGAAAAGUUGCAACAUCUUUACGAUCAACCACAAACUUCCCAGUCUACUGAGGCAGGCAUGAAUUUUGGUAUGCUAAUUUUGCCACCAGAAUGUUAUCAAAAUGAUGAACAUAAAAAUUCUUUGUAUUUUUAUCCGGAGGAUCCUUUGAACAACUUUCUAUACAAAGCUCGAGGCAGUUUUUUAACUUUGAAUGCAGUACUCACAGAAGAAAUGAAAACCAAACCAUCCGCUUCCAAAUUGGCUUUUGAUAACGUAGAAUAUUUUGUGUAUUACCGCAAUUUGAAUGGUUUCUUGGUUCUCUUCUCUUAUCCCUGUAAAAUGGUCAAUCUUUCUGAGGGUAAUUUAAGAGCCGACGAACUAUUGUCUUAUAUAAAACUAAUGUUUCCAAACAUGAAUCUGGAUAAUUUUAAAAAUCUAGAUUUUAGACAAUUCAUGCUAAAUUUCUGUGAAAUACAAAGAGUACGUCUACUGCUUAAGGUAGAGAAGAAGGGAGUUGUUACACCUUUAGAGGAUGUUUUAAAAGAAUCACGUCAUUUGCCUUUACCCAAAGAGGCUCAACUCCGUAUUUUUGAUGCCUUAAGUGAAAUGGAAGCUAUGGACUAUCGCAAUUGGAAUGAUGAACCCUUACAUACACACAGGGAGUUUUUCAUCUAUGGCAGUGUCCUUUACUAUGAUCAAUUUAUGCUGGCCUCACAAAUGCCUUUGGAUAUGCGUCAUCAUAUCGAGGUAUUUAUGAGAUGUCGUGGCAUAUUUGAUUUCGUUAGCAAACACAGCACUAAGGAAUUGUACGUAUGGGAAGAAAUAUUAUUACCCGAUAAUCAAGGACGUUAUUUUUUGGCCAUUUGUGGUCGUGGCCAUUUGAUUUUGGCGGUAAUUUUAAAAAUAUUCACUACCCCGGACACGGAGGAGAAAGAAAAGGUGGUUCCCUCUUUGUUCUAUAUAGAAGAGAUACAGGAAACUUUGGAUCAUUUAGUACAGUGUGGCAUAGAGUCUUUGGCCAUGUUUUGGUCGCUUUCUAAUAAAAGACCAGAAAUACUAGAAGCCUCUAUAUUGGAAGAGGAGUCUCAAACAAAAGAAGUAAAAAAAACUGAUACGGCCACAUUAAUCAAACAAAAAUUACAUGUAUCCACCAGUCAAACGGGCAAUACAAAGGAAUCACACUCUAAUAGUAACAACUACACACGAAGCGUUUCUUAUGAGGAAGAUAAUCAACCCGGUUCUUCUUUGGGCGGUUCCUCUGUACACAGUCUAACGCCUAGUGAAGAUGACUCAAGUAAAAAACGUCUUAUUACCAGUGCCAACAAUGAGGCUAGCGAUGAUAGUGGGUCGGAUUGGGAAAAUUUCAUGGAGGAGAAUCUAUUACAUUGCAGCGGCACCGAUGUCCAACUGCAGACCCAGGUUACGGAGUCUUUGUGGAAGGAGAUAAGCAAUGUUGAGCCUGUUAAAAUCUCUGCUGGCUGGAAAAACAACAUCUACUAUUAUGUAUAUGUGGAUGGUACUAAUAAUUCUGUAUUUUGUCCCUUAAAAUCAAGUAAAGAAACAUUUCCUUUUACAUCGGAAAUGUACACGGCUUUUCAUACUAUACAUCGGGUGUUGCAAAAGGCUAAGCACUCAAAACGUACUGAUGCCAACCGUCAAACGAAUGGCAAAGAUUUUGUAGCCGUUAAGGAACAUGGUAUGACAAUAAGUGUACGUGAUGCUAAAUCUUCUGAAGGUAAACAGUUUUCUUUUGUGGCUGUGGGACGUUUAUUUCUAUCACCGCCCAAGGAAGUUUACAUAUGUCAUCGUCCCGACAUUCCCCAAAAUAUGGUGGAAAUGGCAUUUAGAUUAUCAUUUUUCUCAUUGGGAUAAAAUUUUGCAUUUAAUUUUUAGUUUUUAACUUUUUGAUAUUUUGCAAUACUUUUUUUAAGCGUUUUUAAAAUGGGUUGGUGGCAGUGUAUUCUAUUAAAGUAAGGAUAUAAUAUUUAUAUAAAAAAUAUACUUUAUUAAAAUAAA